AUGCUUCUUCAAAUGAAGGCAAAAGAACUCUUACUCAUACAACAAACUUACCAGCAAUUGCAACAAAACAAACAACUAAAACAACUCAAAAAUCUAUAUACUACUUCAAACUCUUCCCAAUCUAAUAACAAUAACAAUAAUAAUAAUAACACUACAACCCCAAAUCACACAACCACAACAAAUACCGCCAAUACCAACAACAACCCCUUGAUAAAUAGCCUUCUAUAUCAACAACAAUUGCAACAAUUAUAUCUUUUACAGCAACAACAAAAUGCACAAGUCCAAGCCCAAGCUCAAGUUCAAGUCCAAGUCCAAGCCCAAUCUCAUUCUAAUAACCAACAGAAAAACCUACUAAAUGCCCACAACACACCAAAUAAUAGCUCCUCUUUCUCGGUUCAUUCUACCCCCAAUAUCAAUCCUUCCUCAAUGUUUCCGACUCUAGCCAACCAACUACCAAACGAUAUUCUACCAGAAACACUUACUUCCCCAAUCAUAAAUUAUAAUACUCAUUCAAGACAAGUUAGCAAUGUCUCUGCUAUUAUGAGUCCUGCUAUUCAGACUAAUAUAAGCGAUUUUUCUUCUCAAGAAAGCCCAACCCUAAAUCAUGUUUCCUUUAAUAACCUCAAUAGUUUCGAAUCUUUAAACUAUCCCUUUUAUGAAUCAAAAACUCAAAACUCAAUGCUAUCUGAUCAGAGCAUAAACAUAAAUACAAAUUCAGAUAAUCUAAACUUCACCAAUACUCUUGAUCCAAUCACUGAUGAACAAAUAUUGGAAAUCGAAAAACAAUUCGAUCAAUUAACUGAAACCCAAUUAAAUCAGUUAAAUCAAAAAGAUAUUGACGACUUAAAUUUCUUGGAAAAUAAAAAUUCGAGCAAUUCUUCUCAAGAUAUUGAUCAAUAUUUGUCAUUUGAUGAUUGUAUUGAUUUUAGCAGCGCUAACAACACUCCCAAUUCUUGUGAAUCUAAUGACUGCGACAAUAAUUUAAAUAACAACAUCAACCAAUUUUUCAAUGAGUCCAUAAUCGAUUUUGAUUUACCAGAUAAUAAUCAAAGCUCUCCAUUUUCAAACGAGAAAAAAAAAAUCAUUCAAAGCUCUCCACAUGAUAAUAUUAAAUCUGAUAAAUUCAAUUCAGAUCUCAAUAAAGAUAAUUUGAAUUAUCAUCUCAAUACUCCUAAACAUAAAAAAAUGGAUUUAAAUAUAGCAAAUUUCUCUCAAAAUACUUCACUUCCACACCCUAAUAUUAAGCAAUUAAACCAAUCAAACUAUAAUAAUAAUGAUGAUUCUUUUAUCGAUGAUGGCGAUACCACAAUUAUCAUGAAUACUCUGAUGAUGGAUUGUGAAAAACCUAAUUUUUCAUCUAUGGAAAGUUUCACUAAUCAGAAUAACAUACUAGGUAAUACAUCAUCGCCCUUAUUACCAUCACCUUUAACUUUAAAGUCGAAUGUUGAGAUUAAUAAUUAUAAAAAUGGCAAUGAUCCUGAUAAUAUUAGAAAACAAAACAACAUUAGGGGGGUUAAUGAUGAUGAGGAUAAUGAUCACUUUGAAUUGCCAAAAAUGAAACCAAUUAGACAUUUAAAAGAACUUUCUUCAAUUCCAAAAUUAAGUCCACCAGCAAUAUUAGAUAGUGGUUCAAAAAUAUCUAAAUAUGGAUCAAGUUACAAAAAAAUUCCAAGUCUUAAUGAAAAAUUAACUUUUAUUGACGAAACGAGUGUUUUGAAUGGCACAAAUGAGUGUUUAAGCCCUGGUUUACAUUCACCACUUCAAAAUAGAAACAGAUCAAGAAGUAGAUCAAAGUCUCCAAUGAGAAGACCAUUUCAUCAAAGAACAAGAUCGACAUCGCCAGUUAAACAUAAUCUUAGCUCACAAUUUCUUUCUAACUUGAAGUAUAAUAAUGAUUUGGGGAACAUUUCAUUACCAUACCAAACUCCCCCAUCGUCACCAACAAAAGCUAUGAGUAAUUUAACAUUAACUUCGCCAAUUGGGCAAAUAGUUUCACUAUCAUCAUCAAGUUCCUUAGCAGCUUCUCCAAUUCAUGAUGGAAGUGGAACACCAGGAUUUUUCUUGAAGCCAUCACUCACUAGAAAGAGAAUAGCAACUUCACCAAGAUCAAAGACUGGCUGUUGGACUUGCAGAAUUAGACAUAAAAAAUGCGAUGAGACCCGACCAGUUUGUAAAAAUUGCUCCAAAAUCAAUAUUAAAUGCGAUCAAUAUUACGAUCCUAAGCCGAUUUAUAUGGCAGAUGAGGAAGAAAAGAAGAAAAAACUACGCGAGAUAUCGUUAAUGUGGAAGUCUAGGUACAAAUCAAAGAAAAGUAACACUGGAAUUGAAAGCUCAAAAGCAAGCCCUAUGGCAAAUAAUAAUCAAUCACAAUCCCAGCUAUUAUCGCAGCCAUUAUCCCAAUCACAUAUCUUAAAUACCAAGGGCAGUAAUAAUAACAAUAAUAUUUUGUCCUCAAGCCAAAAUGAGAGAAGAGAAAGUAUUAUUGAUAUCAGUCUGGGCAGUUCGAGCGAUAAUGACAAUAUUUGCAACACCAGUCCCACAGCAAGUGAAAACAGUCAUACAGCUUCAGAAGAAAAAAAUAAUGCUCAAACUCUAAACACAAAAGAAAACGGCUCGAAACUUGAAAAGAGCAAUUGA